AUGGCUUUGAUUCACUUUGGCUUACCAAGUCCCGAGGUGUGGAAGUUUCCCAACUUGAACACACCCGUGGCCCCCAGCCCGUUCCUGUGCCAAUUGUUGACCCAGCUCUACGAGGCAUCCAUGAAGGUGACCACCCCCAUGACCAUCGCCAUCGUGUACUUCACAUCGGUGCAUUUCAUCAACCCCAUCGUCAGAAAGCGCCAGUUGAACAAGUACUACGCCAAGGCAGGCGCCAAGGGUGACUCCAAGGCCGCCAACCCUAAAAAGUUGCCUGCUGCCCCAUACUCCAUCUCGCAGACCGCCUGGUUCAGGGUGUUUGUGUUGGUGCACAACAUCUUCCUCUGUGCCUACUCGGCGUGGACCUUCUUGGGCAUGACCUCUUCCAUCGUCUCCAACAUGGAGUUCUUCAAGGGCAGCAUCUUGCCCUCGUUCUUCCAGGACCAGGAGUUCACCUACAGAAAGGUGGAGGUGUUCUUCCAGCUGAUCUGCGACUCCAAGCAGGGCGUGUUCUCGCGGUUGCUCAAUGACACCGGUAUUCACAACUUGGAGGUGUUUGGCUUCUGGUUCUACAUUUCCAAGUUCUACGAGGUCAUCGACACCAUCAUCAUCUUGUUGAAGGGCCGCGAGUCGUCGUUGUUGCAGAGCUACCACCACGCGGGUGCCAUGAUGUGCAUGUGGGCCGGUAUCCGGUUCCAGUCCCCUCCUAUCUGGAUCUUCGUUGUGUUCAACUCGUUCAUCCACUCCUUGAUGUACUUCUACUUCUCUUUGAGCUGCUUACACAUUCGCGUGCCCAACAUUUUCAAGAGACUUUUGACCACCUUACAGAUCACCCAGUUUGUCAUUGGGGGCUCGAUUGCCAUCUUGCACGCGUUUGUGUGGAUCAUCGACACCAGCACCAGCGGCGAGCUGGAGCUUAUCAGUUGCAUCAGCAACCCUGACCAGGCGUUGUCCAUCUUGAUCAAUGUGGCUUACUUAACACCAUUGACCAUGUUGUUUGGGGCCUUCUACAUCGACAGUUACUUGAAGAGAAAGUGA